ACGGCGUCGAUGGCAUCGGCACGGAGUACGGCGGCACCUUGGAGGGCAAGAUGGGUGAGAGCAUCUUCAGCGACGCCGUUCAGGCUCGCGUGCGGAGCGUCUUCCUUUUCGUCCUCAGGGUGGCCUUGCUGAUGGGCGUUGCCUCCUGCCCGUUCGUCUUCUUUGACUGGGGCACGGGCCUCGCGUGCGCCCCGCUCGUACUCGACAUGGAGCCUAUGCCCGACCCGUACCACGCGGCCCGCCAGGCCUUCCCGAGACAAGGUGAAGGCGAGUUCCUGGACCUGCCACUGCGGACAUAUGAGAAGGAGCAGCGGCUUGAGUCCCUGGUGAAGCUGCGGAGCGAGCUGGAGCACGAGCUGGCCACGGCUUCGCCUGGCAGGAUAGCUCGUACCAUGCUCGCGGAGGACAUCUGGAGGCUCGCGGAGGACAUUCGCGAGAUCGAGGCGAUGAGGCCUCACGGAUUCGAUUCUGGAUAGCCCCGCGGUGGGCAUCCUCACUCAGAGCAGCAAGAGUGCCAGCUGCGCGGAUGGCCUCAUGAGUGCUGGGCUGGCCGUUGCGCCUCUGCCUCGUCGGGGUGCGGGUUCCGCCUCUGAGUGUGGCCCCAGCGGUAGAGACAAUGCCCCCCUUGGCGCGGUGUCCGCCGUGGCUGAGGGGCCUGAGGGGGCCCUCGGGGUGCCUGGGCCCGCAUUCGCCGUUGGCGGGGCCUGGGCGCGGCGCGUGUUCUCGCUUUUCAGCCCCCCUUGGCAGCAGGCUGAGGGGCCUAGGGUGGGGCGCGGCCUCGAGGGGGCCCUGGCGCCUUUCACCCUGGGGAGCGCGCGGGGGCGCUGCCCGCGGCUCGGCUCUCUCGGGCUCGGCAGGCGACGGGACGUCGCUCGAGGGCCCAGCGCACGGGCCUGGCGAGGUGCAGACGCCCCAGGCCGCCGACGCACCAAAGCACC